AUGAGUGACAGACAGCAGAGGCUGAUGCAGCAGGCCUUGGCUCACAAGAGGGACAGUGACGCUGUGAGCUGCAGCACUGACACCUCCAGGUGGUCCAUUCCCUUUAAACUGUGUUCACAGUACUUACCUGACUGUGAGGAUCAAGGUAAAAAAUCCCAAGGUGCCUACAAACAGAAGACAAACUAUGCCGCACACUGCCAUGUCCUGAAGCUGCCUCAGAUCAAACCCCUGCAGGUUCCAAAGCAGAGGAUCCAGUCUGCCAACUUGAACCGCAUCAGGGAUUUGAAGAGCCAGGUGUGGGAUCUGCAGCAGCAGCUGAGUGAUGCCCACACUGAGAACAAGCUGCUGAAGAGGCUCCAGCAUCGCCACAUGGUGGCACUGCAGCACUUCCAAGACACUGAGGGCAGCAUUUCACAGAUCCUCACCAAGCACAACAACGAGGCCAGAGUCCUGCAGGGGCUGCUCCGUGACACCCGUGCCUGCCGUGACCAACUGGCAAGGCAGCUACAGGCCACGGAAAAUAAGUUGCGGAAUACAGAGGCUGCUCUCCAGCACCUGCAGCUACUCAGCCAGGAUCACAGCCUUCUGGAGAGGGAGGAGCUCACCCUCAAGCUGGCCCAAGCCACUGCCCAGCUGCAGGAGAAGGACAAGAGGAUACUGGACUUGGAGAAGAAUCUUGAACUGUGCCAAGCCUCGUUCAAUCGCCAGUUAGCCGCUGAAAAGAAAAAGAUCAAUGAGGCAAGAAAGAUUUCCUGCUUUCUACAAGAGCAGAUAUAUCAGCUAACCACAGAAAUUCAAGAUAGAGAGAGAGAACGAGAGACCUGCAAUAUUUACUCCCACAGAUUCCUAAAAGCAUCGACCAAAAAAGGCAGUCAAAGCAAGUUGGUUCAAACGAAUGGAUUUGUCCUUCCUCCCACUGAGGCUGCAAGUCAUUUCGAGUUAGAGACUCGUGAGAGGCUGGAGGAGCAGAACUCUCUGAACUUGUGUUAUGAUCCAGUGCCAGAGUUUUUAGAAAUUGAAAAUCCAGCAACAGAGGAUCCUGCAGACAUCACGUCAGAGGAGAUUCAGGGUUGUUACAAUCCAGUGCAGGAGUCUUUAGAAACAGAGAACACAGAGACAGAGGAUCCUGCAUGUGUCACAUCAGAGGAGAAUCGUCAUGAGGAUACUGAGAUAUAUGCAGACACUAGUGAGCAAAACAGUUGUUCAGAGAAGAGCCCAGAACAUCAAAAUGAGAGGGACAGUGCAGAAGAAAAGGAGGUAUCAGAGGUAUCACAGGAAUCAGAUGCCCUGCUGGUGUUAGAAGAGCAGAAAACAGAGGAACAUGAACGUGAGGUGUCCCACAUUUUGGAAGAGUCUCUGAAUAUACCUGAACCUGUGAGAAAAGGAUUCAAGCUCCCCAAAAUCAAACACAGCUAUACCUUUAAACAAACUAUUGAGAACCUACACAGUGGAAGACCAGCAUAUAGCAGUGUGGACACGGGUCCCUGGGAAAACCCCAAGAACCCGACAAAGGUGGAGGUCCUCAGUGAGGGGAUUUGAGAACUUACUAUUGCUAUAAAAAGAUGCCACAAAAACAAUGUGGAUAAAGUUUGGCUGAAGUGGCAGUGAACUGGGAUUUCCUCAUGUUUUUUGUUGCUAAUAUUUUUCAUUUCUUUGAAUAAAUUGUUUUCUGACUACACACAAUCCAUUGUGGUUU